AUGCAGUUAGGGGAGCAGCUCCUGGUGAGCUCCGUGAACCUGCCCAGCGCGCACUUCUACCCGCUGGAGAGUGCGCGCGGCGGCGGCGGCGGCGGCGGCGGGGGGGGUGGUGGCGGCGGCGGGAGCGCCGGUCACCUCCCGGGCGCGGCGCCCUCGCCUCAGAGGCUGGACUUAGACAAAGCGCCCAAGAAGUUCUCGGGCAGUCUCUCGUGCGAGGCGGGAAACGGGGAGCCCGCAGCCGCCAGCGCGGGGCCCCCCGCGGCCAUGCUCAGUGACGCCGACGCCGGGGACGCCUUUGCCAGAGCCGCGGCGGUGGCCAAGCCCGGGCCCCCGGACGGCCGCAAGGGCUCCCCCUGCGGAGAGGAGGAGCUGCCCUCCGCCGCUGCCGCCGCCGCAGCCGCCGCCGCCGCCGCCGCUGCCACCGCGCGCUACUCCAUGGACAGCCUGAGUUCGGAGCGCUACUACCUUCAGUCCCCGGGGCCCCAGGGCGCAGAGCUGGCUGCACCUUGCUCGCUCUUCCCGUACCAAGCGGCAGCCGGGGCGCCCCACGGAUCAGUAUACCCGGCUCCCAACGGGGCGCGCUACCCCUACGGCUCCAUGCUGCCCCCCGGCGGCUUCCCCGCGGCUGUGUGCCCACCCGGGAGGGCGCAGUUCGGCCCGGGAGCCGGCCCCGGCGGUGGCUCCGGGGGUGGCGGCGGCGGCGGCGGCGGCGGGGGCAGCGGCCCGGGUGCCUAUCAGUACGGUCAGGGUGCUCCGAUCUAUGGGCCCUACCCUGGGGCGGCGGCGGCGGGAUCUUGCGGAGGAUUAGGGGGCCUCGGGGUUCCCGCUUCCGGCUUCCGCGCCCACGUCUACCUGUGCAACCGGCCACUGUGGCUCAAAUUCCACCGUCACCAAACUGAGAUGAUCAUUACGAAACAGGGCAGGCGCAUGUUUCCGUUCUUGAGCUUCAACAUAAACGGACUCAAUCCCACCGCCCACUACAACGUGUUCGUAGAGGUGGUGCUGGCCGACCCCAACCACUGGCGCUUCCAGGGUGGCAAGUGGGUGACCUGCGGCAAGGCCGACAAUAACAUGCAGGGCAACAAAAUGUAUGUUCACCCAGAGUCUCCUAAUACCGGUUCCCACUGGAUGAGACAGGAGAUUUCCUUUGGGAAAUUAAAACUCACCAAUAACAAAGGCGCAAAUAACAACAACACUCAGAUGAUAGUCUUACAGUCUCUGCACAAGUACCAACCCCGGCUGCACAUCGUUGAAGUGACAGAGGAUGGCGUGGAGGAUUUGAAUGAACCCUCCAAGACUCAGACCUUCACCUUCUCAGAAACACAGUUCAUCGCUGUGACUGCCUACCAAAACACUGACAUUACCCAACUGAAGAUUGAUCAUAACCCCUUUGCAAAAGGCUUCAGGGACAACUAUGAUUCCAUGUACACCGCUUCAGAAAAUGACAGGUUAACUCCAUCUCCCACGGAUUCUCCUAGAUCCCAUCAGAUUGUCCCCGGAGGUCGGUACGGCGUUCAGUCCUUCUUCCCGGAGCCCUUUGUCAACACUUUACCUCAAGCCCGAUAUUAUAAUGGCGAGAGAACCGUGCCACAGACCAACGGCCUCCUUUCACCCCAACAGAGCGAAGAGGUGGCCAACCCUCCCCAGCGGUGGCUUGUCACGCCUGUCCAGCAGCCUGGGACCAACAAACUAGACAUCAGUUCCUAUGAACCUGAGUACUCCUCCAGCACCUUGCUCCCAUAUGGUAUUAAGUCCUUGCCCCUCCAGACGUCCCAUGCCCUGGGGUAUUACCCUGACCCAACCUUCCCUGCAAUGGCAGGGUGGGGAGGGCGCGGUUCUUACCAGAGGAAGAUGGCGGCCGGACUACCAUGGACCUCCAGAACAAGCCCCCCAGUGUUCCCCGAAGAUCCGCUGGCCAAGGACAAAGUCAAGGAAGAAAUGGGAUCUUCCUGGAUAGAGACACCCCCUUCCAUCAAGUCUCUAGAUUCCAGUGAUUCGGGGGUGUACACCAGUGCUUGUAAGCGAAGGCGGCUGUCUCCCAGCACCUCCAGUAAUGAGAAUUCUCCCUCCAUAAAGUGUGAGGACAUUAACGCCGAAGAGUACAGCAAAGACACCUCGAAAGGCAUGGGGGGUUAUUAUGCGUUUUACACGACGCCCUAAAGAGUCGUCGUCACCUCGGGACAGUGGACUUUUCUGCAGAUGGACUUGGUGGUGUCUUUUGCUGUCUUUGCCUAG